AAAACGUGCUCGUCGGCUGCCGUAUUAAUGCCAAGAUGGCCAAUGAUCAUAUCUACGAGGAUCGAGCAGAGCAAGAGAGAAUUAAAAAAAGGGCAGAAUUAAAAGCCAAGUUACGAAGAGAAUAUAUGAAGAAGGCUACCGAUCCUCAUCGCCCCAUUGGCGGAGUAUUGUUUGAUCCAGCUGUUCAAAGAUUUAUGUCUAUGAAUGCUACAGUAUAUGAUCAGUUCAAACCAACAGUAAAGAAUUCAUUUUUAUACUUUGGAAUUCUUGGUGCAAUGGCUGGUUAUGCAUAUUUGUUGUAUAGAGAUAGAGAAACAUUAGAUCAAAAAUGUCGAAGAGGUGAGAUCCCUUAUAAAGACAGAGUGACAUUUAAAUGAGAGUGCCCAUAAUACAUUGAGAAACUUAUUAAAAGUUUUCCAUCUUUUAUUAGCAUAAUUUGUAAAUAGAAAUCUCUAGACUAGCUGUUAAUAUGUUAGAUUGGUGUGGUUAAAAAAAAUAAUUUGAAUAAAUAAACUAUAUGAAGGUACAAACAGAAAAUGUUAAAUUUAUUCCUAAAAUUAAAAUUAUUACUAA